AUUUUGUUUCGCAUUUACUUAAAAUCGAUUCGAUACAUAAUCGGAUUCUAUCAAUUAGUAUUGAAUCAAUUCGAAUUUCGAAAGUUGUUUGAUCAGGAAUCGCGAGUCGAUAAAUAUUAUGAGGAAAUCUCUUGUGUGGCGCUUCUUCGAGCGCAUAACUAACCAGAAUGGUCGGUGUAUUUCGGUUGUGUGUAAACUAUGUGAUAAUCGGCACAAAUUUUUUGGCAAUACAACGAAUUUGCGAUCUCAUUUAACCAGAAAACAUCCACUACAGUGGGAAUUACUCAGUACAAAUGAAAAUUUGGAUGAGUAUUCUAAAAGUUCAAAUCAAGGACUGGAUGAUGAGCAAUCUGGAGGUGAAACGCCACGUAAAAGAAGACAUUCAAGGGCCUUUAGGCGUGAAAAUGUACGGUAUUCCAUUUCUGUAAAUAAGAAUCAAGAUAGCACAGGUGGAGAUGGCAUACCUGUUAUAAAAGUGGAUGUCUUAAAUGAGACAGAUACAGAACAAGUUGAUGAUGACACUCAAGCAACCAUAAAUUUGGUCAAGCAAAUGGAGGAUGCAAAUACAGAUGAGGAGUGGCUCAAUGAUGAAAUGUUUGAAACAGUAGAAUGUGGACCCCAACCAAAGAAAAGAUAUAGGCAUAUAAAACGAGAAACUGGAAGCCCUCGCCUAAUACCAACUUAUUCUCUGAAGAGCACAGAACUACCAAAAAAACAAAUAGUAAUAAACAAUAGUAAAGAUGAAUAUACAGCCUUUGGUGAAUAUGUUAGUAAUAAGUUAAGGAAGUUCACGAAUAAUCAAACUAAAAGUAAUAUUCAACAGUUAAUAACCACUAUAUUAUGGCAGGCAGAAUAUGGUAUUUAUGACAGCAUGGAGACUGUAAAGAGAAUUAUUUUACAUUCUGUACAAGAGAUGGGAGAUCAUUCAAAGCCUAUGCAAGCAGAACAUGAUCUUAUUGAAGUGUCGGAAUUGAGGCUUGAUGACAAAAUUAGUGAACAAACUGUAGAAAUAACAACGGAUGAAAUAUAACCAAAGACAUUUAACUAAGUGCAUUAUAUAAGAAAAUAUUUAAGGUGGAUUUAUUGUUAAUAUAGUAAUACUUAAAAAUG